UGUAAUAGUAGUUUGUUUACAUGUGAGAAGACUGGCCGGUCGCGAGUAGUUUUGCUGUACGAUUUUGCUGUUGGUGCAUUUGAUUGGUAAUAAGAGUUUAUGUUUCAGUGUUCAAGGGGAACAGAUUGGAUUGUAGGUCAAAUAUAGACGUCUGAGCCCAGAAUGCACCCAGAUCUCUCGCCGCAUCUCCACAGUGACGAAUGCAACAAGUUUAUAACUCAACUCCAAGAUUGUCAUAAGGAGAACAGAUUCAUGAAAUUCAUGGGAGUAUGCAAUGAAUUUGACAGAGCUGUAUGGAAGUGUUUAAAAGCAGAGCGUAUUGAAAGAAGGACAAGAAACAGACUUGCAGGUGAAGAGCACAGAAAAAAGGUUCUUGACAAAAUCCAGGAAGGACACACAUGGAACAAAGAAAACUAAUAGAUGCCACAAUCACAAUAGGCUGAUAAAUUUUAUUAAA